UCUUGGUCAUUUUCUCGUGAAUACUGGUUCAAUAAGGCACAUACCGUUAUGGCACCUAUUCCACUGCUUGUUUGUUUUCGGCAGUAUACGGAACUGCCACGAGGCAAAAUCCCACUUGCAAAACUUCCUCUGAAAACGAAGUUCGUGGGCAUGUUUUCAAAGAAUCUCUACAUGUUAAGCAGCAUGCUCAAGUUCGACAAACCGGACGAUCUGUUGGCACAAUAAACAUUGACCAAGGAACCCUUUUUUUUCCGAGAAAGGGAUAUCAAAGACUGACGCAAGUUUUGUUCACGUGAAAAAAUCGCAUGACCUCUCGACUGCAACGAUAUUCUAGUUUUAAAUUCAAAUGCUGAUAUCGGUCGAACUCACCUAAUAGUUCUUGUACAGAAUUACUCAUUUGGAAUGCAAACCUCCUGUGAUUUCUGAGUUGUUCGCAGUUGUCGAGCGUAUCCUGUACAAGGCGGAGAAUGAGCUCGGUGCGUACCAUCGUGAUUGACUGCGGGGCCUACCAGACCCGUGUGGGGAUCUCUGGCCGUGACGUGCCGGAGGAGUCCUUUCGCACCCUGGUUGGGCGUAAGAAAGAGGGAUCAAUCUCGACCAGCGAGGCGUCGGACGUCUUGAUCGGGGAAGAUGCUUACGAGAUCCGAGACACGCUAAAUCUCAGCUACCCAGUGGACAAGUACCGCUUCGCGUUCGACAACACGGAGGACCUGUGCAACAUCUGGAAGUUCUCUUACCUGGACGUGCUGGGCUGCGACUCGCUGGAAGAGUGUCCCGUCCUGCUGACCGAUGGCCCCCUGGAGGCGACAGAGAAGGCUAAGUCCAGGGCCAAACUCGCCGAGAUCAUGUUCGAGAAGUACAAAGUGCCCUCGUUCUACAUGGCCCUGCAGCAAUUCCUGGCCCUCAUCAGCCUAGACCGAACCACGGGCCUGGUGGUGGACGUGGGAGACAGCAUGGCCAGUACCGUCCCCGUCGUAGACGGCGCCGUCGUUCAUGAAGCGAUCGUGACCUCCGACGUGGUGGCCGGCCGACAGAUGACAGAUCUCUUGAUGAAGUUUCUGAACGAGCGAGAGGACAUCUCGAUAGCUGAUCGCGAGAUUGCCAUGGCCAUCAAGGAGAAACUGAGCUACGUGGCCUGCGACUAUGAGGGAGAGUUCAAGUUUGCAGGGUCGGCGACCAAAGAUUACACCUUGCCAGACGGGCAGGUUAUCUCCGUCGGAACGGAGCGUUUCCGAUGUACGGAGCCCCUGUUCCAACCCUCCCUCCUGGGCGCGGUGGAUUCCCCAGGCCUCCACGAGAUGGCCCACCGGAGCCUAGAGCUCUGCGCCGAGUCGGCCCGAGUGCCGCUCCGCGGGGCCAUUGUCACCGCCGGCGGCUCCACCCUGACAACCAACCUGUCUGACCGCCUGAAGCUGGAGGCGAAGGCACUGCUAGCGGGGCACGGGGCAGAGGUACGGGUGCUGACCCCGCCCAUGAGGGCGUGGUCGGCGUGGCUGGGCGGCGCCCUGUUGGCAGAGUGGGAGGGCUACCCAGAGUUGCCCGUCAGCAGGCAGGAGUACCAGGAACACGGCGCGGAGUUUGUGAUAAAGAAAUUCAAGAACUAAUCGGGCACCAACCGCGACCUCAACUGCCUUUCCCAAACAAAGGCUUCGUUUGAGAUUAUGCAUUCCAUCUCGAGCACCACAAGCAAUUUCAAACAAACAUCUUAAAAACUACUAGCUUUGAUAAAGUCGUACAUCCUAGUCUCCUUGUGGCGAAACCGGGGGUGGGGUGGGAGUGGAGCUCGGGGUGGGGCUUGAGCAUAACGAGCUAUUUUGGGUGUAACUUCAGGUUCGAGCCCCUCCCCCCGACGAGUCCUGAGUGCGCCACUGUCUCAUAUCACACGGGAGGAGAUUUUAACCGAGGAAAGUGGAGCUGCAUUGAGCUUUAAAGAUCUCAACCAAGAGACUGAACUCAUUAAAGUAAAAGACGCUAAAAAUGAGAAAGAAGAGGAGAUUCUGGAAAAGUCACCCAGCUUCCGAAGUUGGAGUCUUUUGUACAAUUUCUUACAGACACUUCUGAUGUACAUUUAAGAGACUAUGUAUUAAAGGAAAGGGUAUAAAAUGUCUGUGGAUGCCAAAUGAAAAUCUCUUGUAAAAGUUAACACUGAGAAAUCCGAUAUCCUAUCAGCAAAGUAUAUUACGGAAUGAAAGACUGUUUAUAUAUCGUCCAGAUAGUACCUACGGUUCAGUUGUAUAGAAAUAUUAUUUGACACGUUACAAUAAUAAUAAUUGUACAUGCGUUUUCCUACUGCAUCUUAUAAUAAAUGAUGGAGUAUUUUGCAGUAAAUAUCUCCAAAGGUUCGG